AUGCGGUGGCGCUAUUGCGAACUACUUGCCGGUGCCGUAGCGAACCUGGCUACCGUUUCGCUCGGCUGUGCCAUUGCGUGGCCCGCACCAGUACUGCUUAAGCUCACCGAUGUCAAUCUGGAGGAUAAUCCAUUCGGUGUGGUCGUCACAGAGCGUGAUAAAGCAUGGAUGGAUGGUGCUAUGGCGAUUGGUGGACUCUGUGGACCAUUGGUGGCACGCUGGAUAAGCCUGCGGCAAGGACGCAGGAUAGCGUUGCUGCUCAGUGCCGUUCCCUACAUCGUGGCGUGGCUUUUGCUCAUGAUCGUCGGAUCGAUUUCGUUGGCAAUCGUCGCUAGGGCAGUUACAGGGUUUGCCAAUGGGUACGUCCUGCUAGCGGUGACGUUGUAUAUCGGAGAAAUCGCUAGCGAUCGCUACCGAGGUGCGCUUGGAUGCUUCAUACAGAUCGGCACGACGCUUGGAGUUCUCUAUGUAUACUGCCUUGGGCCGUUUGUGAGCUAUCUAGCGCUGCAGGCUCUCUGCUGUGCCGUCCCCAUCCUGUUCGGUACACUGUUCCUGUACAUGCCAGAAACUCCACACUUCCUGAUAGAGCGAGGGCUUUAUCAGCGGGCCGCCGAGACGCUGAUGUUCCUCCGAGGUGCCCAUAGCCUAGAUGAAGUGCAGCCAGAACUGGAGGAGCUGAAACAGUACAUCCUCCAGCGAGCGCCGGGAGCCACCACUCGCGGCUUUAUCCACCUCUGGCAGUUGGUUACGAGUCGAGCGAAUUGUCGAGCAUUGAUCAUCACCAUAGGGUUGGUGGUGUUUCAACAGGCCACAGGCAUCGACAGUAUUAUCGCCAAAAGCGAAAAGCUCUUCGCUAAGGCAAACAGUGCCCUCGAUCCAGUCCAUUCCACCAUCGUGCUCGGAGUCAUUCAGUUCCUCGCCAGCUGCGCCACACCCUUCUUCAUCGAUGGAUGCACCGGGCGACGUCCGAUCCUGCUAGGAUCCUCGAUCGGAAUGACGCUUUCUGUAGCCAUCCUUGGCACCUAUUUCCUGCUAGAGCGCCUCCUGAUAGCAUCCGGAAUGCUUGAAUUCAUCAACUGGCUGCCACUGACAGCGCUGGUGGUGUUUGUGGCGCUGUACAACGGUGGCUACGGUCCAGUAGCAUGGGCCCUCGUGAUGGAAAUGUUUCCUCACGCGAUCAAACCGAGCGGGGUAACGAUUUGCGUUCUUACAGCCAUUCUGUUCGAUUACGCCAUCCUGCAGCUACUCAAUAGCUUCAUCGUGUCCGUCGGCUACGACUGGGCGUUCUGGAUGCUGGCGAUCAUCGGUUCCGCCAGCUUCGCCUUCGCCUGGUGGAUGGUGUUCGAAACGCGCGGGUUAACCCUAGUCGCGAUCCAGGAACGACUCGCCGGUAACAAGGUUGUGCGAUUAUGA